UUGGAGGGAAUUUGAAUUUUGUUACAUUUAUGAUUUAAUCAUCAUUUAGUGAAUUAUAAUACUUAACCGACCUAAAAUGGCAACGAUAACUAGCAUUAAUAAAGAACCUGGCGUUGACAAAGUUGUUAUACUGCUGAUUGGUGGAAGGGGAGUUGGAAAACACAGAUUAGCCACAGCAUUGAUUCAAACUAGAUCCUCCUUAACAGUUGAGGUACGUACUUGUGUAAAACUUCCAUUACCAAAGGAGAAUGAGCAGGAAAGACCAUACAUUGACUUAAUCAUCUUUAUUGUGGAUAUGACCAGUCGAGCAAGCAAAAUGAUAUUAGAGGAAUCCCUUCCAUAUCUGAUGCCUGAAUGUUUUGUUGACAAAGUUUGCUUUGUGGCAAUGAACUCAUCUAUGGUGAACUCGUAUAGUUUUGGUAUAGACAGAGUGAUUGACUGUGGAGAUCUUUAUGGAUGUCCAGUUUUGUAUGGUGACCUGCAGUCUAGAAGUCAUUUGGACAACCUUGCCCAGCAAAUUAUCAAUCAAGCAGAAGUAAAAGCUGGUUUAAAGUACAACAUCAGUUCCAAUUUUGUGACAGCUAGUUUUCAUGGUCCAUAAAUUGCAGCCACCCAAGAGAUUAUUUUGUAUUUUAUACAUAUCCACCUUGCAUUUUCAUCAAAAACAAAUUGUAUUUAAUUUAGAUCACCAUUGUUUUUAUACUUGAAACAUACAGUGUCAGUAGCAGAACAUUGUUUCUGUACUUGGAAUAUAUAUAUGUGUCAGUAGCAGAAUGUUGUUUUUAUACUUUGAAUGUACAGUGUUAGUACCUGGAAUAUACAUGUGUCAGUAGCAUGUGUCAUAUUGUUUUUACACUUGGAACAUACAGUGUCAUAGCAGAAAACUGUUCCUAAACUUAGAACAUGUCAGUACUAGAACAGAGUUUAACACUAUAUUAGUUAUGAGCACACAAUUCUGAUACUAAAUUUCAAGGUUUUUGUUCUUAUGCUUCAAAAAUUAUAUAACUUUUAUGAAAUGUGGAAAUAAUAAAGUCCAAAUUGUUAUUAAUCUUGCUGGUGUAAUACAUAAAUUGAGUGAUGGAGCAUAUAUUUGCAGAAAGAAGAGUCUCUACAAAUUUGAGUUUCAUCCCUAAAUGAAUAACAUAAAGUUUGACCUUAGAAAAGUUAUUAUUUUCUCUUAAUUAGAAUGAUAUCUAACCCUAAAAAAAAGUUGGACAUAUGAUGAUUAAAAGGUGUUUGUGAAUUGCAUUUAUUUGUAAUUCUUGCACUUUUUAAACAUAUCGGUCGUCAUCUCUAAUAUUAUCCAUUGAAGUUUUAGAUAUGUAGAUCUUAUUUUUUAUCUGUCACAACCCAGCAGAUUUUGUUAAGUACCACUACUACGUUAGACCUCCAAGAGUCACAGUUUACAUCUCAAAUAACAGUUUCCAGUAGAAAAUUUAAUAUUAAGAUGUUAAGUGCUGAAACCUGGUAAAGGCAGUGGAAACUACCAGACUUAACCUUUGUUGUAAAAUUAUUCAUGAAUGCAGAUAUUUUUUUCUUUUUAAUUGAUUAAAUUAGUGAACAUACACAGUGCCAGUAGUUUAACACUAUCUUAAUUAUAAAAAUGUAAUCUGAGUUAACAUUUAAUUAUCUCACCAGAUUCCUUGAAUAGGGCAUUAAUCAAUAAUGUAUAAAUUAUUAUUUUCAUAAAUUAAUGCUUAAAUGACUUAAAUUUUAAACUCGCAAUAUUCUGUUUAAUGUGACAUUAAUUAAUAAUGUAUACAUAUCAUUGACCAUGCUUACUUUCAAUCUCUUUAAAAACUAAUCUUGGUGAAGUAUUUGGGAAAGUACAAGAGAGAUAUCUUAAGAUGGGUGCUGCCUAAAUACAGUGAGUAGCCCAACACUUAAAAACAAAUAUUAACCAAAUGUGUUUAUUUUCUUGUAUUUAUCUUCUUUAUUCUUCACCUCAUUUUCGUUUGGUUUUCAUAUUCUUUACUUUUGUUGACAGUCUUUCUGUUGAUGCUGGUCUCAUUACUGACAUUAUAUACUAAUAUUGACUGUGGAUCUUUGAGUAGCUCUGUCAGUGAAACACAAAUGGGCUUCGAUAGAGGUGUAUCUUUCAUAGGUAUCACAGUAGUUUUUGGCAUUAUUAGGAUAAUGAUGGUUUCACUUUAAUCACUGUUUUGUUUUUGUAAACAUCCCCACUGGGAGAAAAUUACCUCAUCUUUUGUUCUACUGUGUUGUUUUUCUCAUUUGCAAAAUACCUGUAAUAACCUUAAGCUCAUCCUAUAAUAUUAUGUUCCAUUGUCUGCCCAUUUUCUUUAUUAAUCAUCUUUAUCACUUUAUCCCCAGUAUGGCUAGUUUGCAGUACUAACACUCAUAUAGUUUGGAUUUAAUAGUGCCAACUGUAAAUUUUCUGUCCUUUCCAACUUGCUUUCACAAUUUAUUUUCUGUAACUGUCAUCAAAAUUGAAGAUUAGAAAAAUACUACAAAGUGUAUAAUAACUGUUUUUACCCUAUACUCUUUAAUGAAUCAGCCAAGUUUCUGUCAGCUUGUAAUGAUGUGUGUAAUUGUUUUUUAUCAAAUAUUAAACAACUACCAACUGUAUAUUCACCUUUCACAUCAAAUAUUGUUAUUGCACAAUUUGUCACCUCCAACCCCAUCAUA